UAUUAUGCAUUAACACACAACCACCUGUCGCCUAUUAUGGUUCUGGAAACUACUUCGAUGAGGGAAGACAAUGUAGGGUAGUAGUUGUGUAUGGCGUUUGGUGAAAAUUACAUGUAAAUUGGUAAAUAAAAUGACGCACGACAGUGGAUCAAGCAGAGAUUGCAUUUGAAUUGGCAUUGGUUUUUUUUUUGUCGUGUGGAAAAUCUGUGAAGGCUAUAUUCAACUAAGAUGCUGACUAGUAGAAACAUUCCCAUCUCUGCUGAUGAGGUCUCACUCGAGGGCAGUACGGUCAGUGCUGGAGUGACCAUCAUCACCAACGACACAUCCAAGUUUGUCAUCUACAACCUUGAUAAGCCAUCGAAGAACAAGUGUUGUCCCUGCCCUAGAUUGUUCCUAGAAUACAGUAGGACGUCGGGACGUUUGACCGGUUCUCUACAGCUCCUGUGGAGCAUGGCCAUUAUCACAUUGAGUAGUGUAAUGCUGAUCCUACACGGAGCCAUAGAAGCAUUCUGUGUGAAUAUGUCUAUUGGUGUUCUGGUAUUUACAUGCGGCACCGUCGGCGUUCUAUCAUUUGAUAUGAACAGACUCGUAAUUGGUGCCUACAUGAUCCUGUCACUGGUAUCAUUCUUUACUAUGGCAUAUACUAUGAUCAUGGGUGCAUACUUUGCUCAGUUGAUCAACUGGACCAAUUCCUGUCGAGGGAUAGUAUACAUUUAUUACCCUUGCGAUCCUAGUGAAAUUGAUGAGUCGCAGCUAUUGACUAUUGGGGUUUGUAUGAUCGUGUUUGCUUGCCUGGAAGCUCUGACGUCAUAUAUCGCUUUCAUAUUCUGUUGUAUUGGUGUAUGUUCAACCUGUUGUUCACUCCACUGUGCACGUUGUAGAAAGCGUUCAACCAGACUAUCAGAGGCAUUGAGUAACGAUAAUAACAUAUGAAACAAACAAUAGUGAACGAGUGAUAAUCUUAUAAGAUAGACAUUCACCUUAAAUACGCGUUAAAAGAACACGGUAACGGCAACGGGGCGAUCAUACCGAAAAGGAUGAAUAUCAAACCUACAUCCUAAAUUUACCUUAACUUAAAAUAAUAAUUAAAAGGUCAAUCAUAGUACGAACAAAGUUAAUGAUUUACUCAGAUAUGUACAAAAUAAAUCAUGAGAACAAAAAAUAUAUCCCUGAUAAAGCUGACCUCUGAUCUUCGGUUACCCCCUCACCCCCCCCCCCCUUUUUUGGAAGCACCCUGUAGUUGAUCGGGUGGUACCAACACUUUCAUAUGUUGUAAAUAUUAAAAAUUAAGGUUUGAAAGUUAUUUUGAAUGUUUUCAUUUGUCUUUCAAUGCCCAAGUUAUAUCUCAUUUGUACUAGUAUUAUCGUGUAAUGGACAGCUAACUCUUACUUUUCAGUUGUAUACUCAUACAUAAGAACCUACUACGUUCAAGGUUUUUACGCAUUUUUCCUUGUACAUGAAUUAUAUAUUGAAUUUACAUUCAUUGUUAUAUUACUAUAUUACUGAUCUGUUUAUUUCUAUUUGAAAUAGGAUGUAACCUGUGCAAUGUAAAUUGGAAGAAAAUAAAUGUUUAAUUGAAUUGAAAUUAUGAACCGGAGCCAUGGCUAUGCUAUGAACGUUUGGAAGAGCGCCAUCUAUCGUCAUAGCUAGUCUGAAAUGCGAUCACACUAAUCCUUUUGAUUUCUUGAUAAAGGAAUAAACAUCAUGGCUUGCAUUUGAAUCUACGAUCCUUGGUUAAAGGAGGGGGAGGGGAGACGAAAAAUUAAAAAAUGCAGCUUUGCACCUUGAAUAAAUGUUGUUGAAAAUGCUUUCAGGUAAAAUACAUGUUUACAGUGCUUCGAGUCUAUCAAUCCCCAGCUGUUUGCUCUGAUUUGAUUUUCAUUUCUUUAUUUGUGUGAAUAUAUUUUGGAACAUCGAAAUGUUACAUCUAUCGUGGUAAUGGAAUUUAUCUCAUAAUGUCACUACAUAUCAUUGAGAAGUUGAAAAUGUUAAAGAUAUAAAGGAACAUAUGAAAAGGACACUACAAACAAAACUAUUAUUUUUUAGAUUUAAAAAAUAAUACGAUGCUGAGUUGAAAUCUACUGUAGAAAGCCUAGUAAAAGUACUCAUUGUUCAAAUCAUACCGGGCUUUUUUUUUCUUCACAAGUUGGUAAUUCAAUAAAAACAUUCCUACUUUAAUUAACUAUUUGAUUUAUGUAAAAAGCAUAUUGAUAAUUGUAUGAUUUAUAUCAGAAUUAUAUGAAUUUUAUUAUGUCAAUGAAUUUAUUUGUCUUAAUUUGCUUAAUUAAUGUUAAUGAUAAACAAUGUUUACCAAAUUUUACAAUUUACACGUGAACGUUACAUUAUGAUUGAUCAGAUAUCAAUAAAGUUUCUUGACCUUUCUCACGCUUCUAGGUCAGACUAAGACCACUCUCUCUAAUCUCAUGAAUAUUUAUUAAUUUACUACCGGUAAAGAUUUUCGAAUAUUAUUCUAAGUAAUUUUACUAAUAACUCUUAUUCCUAUAUGUUUUUUUAUUUAAAAUGCAUUAGUCCUUUUUUAGACUUUAAUAUACAAUGAAUAAAUAAUAUUGGUUCAUAUUCUUGUACUCUCUUGUAACAAAACCACUUUUCUUGCGUA